AUGGCCAUGCAAAUGUGUAACAGACGUGUCACUCAAGCGACAACAAAACUUGUUCGACAACUUGCUAAAUCUGUACCAAUGAAAGUUGAAGAUAAUCAUCAUGAUGAUGAAUAUACACGUAUACCUGUACCAAAAACCUCAACAGUAAAAACAAUGGUUUCAAUGUAUAGAUAUUUAUUGCAUGACAAUGCAUCUGUUACAACUGGACUUAACACUGCUCUUAGCAUUCGUCAUGCGCAUACUGAUAUUCAAAUACCAAAUUUCGACUAUUACCAUGCUAAUGAUAAUACUGCACCUUAUUCUUAUUUAACUCCAAUUGGCAAAAAUGCUGUAUUUAAAUGGCGUAAUAAACCAAUUUUUGUUCGCCAUCAUACACCACAAGAAAUUAUACGAGAAGAAGGUGUUAAUGUAAGUCAAUUACGUCAUCCACGAAAUGAUUCUGAACGUGUACAAAAACCCGAAUGGGUAAUUGUUAUUGGUAUAUGCCCUCAUCUUGGUUGUAUGCCAAUAGCAAAUGCUCGUGAUUUUGGUGGUUAUUUUUGUCCUUGUCAUGGUUCGCAUUAUGAUGCAUCUGAACGUAUACGAAAAGGUCCAGCACCAUUUAAUCUUGAAAUUCCUCAAUAUGUAUUUAAAGAUGACAGUACAGUUGUCAUCGGUUAG